UUUUUUUCUGAUCAUAUAAAGUCAUGCUUUACUUUAAUAUUAAAUUCAAUUUGUAAAAUGAAAAAUACAAAGAUUUAUAAUUUGUAGGCAUAUUCAUGUAGAAGUGUUAUUUCAUUCGAUAUAGUUUAGUAAUUAAAAAAAAAAUAGGAACGGCUCAACUUGUGUACGAGUGGACUUCUUGUGUAAGACUCGGUUUAUGUACGACUGACUUUCGGCUGCAGCGUCUGCAAAUUGAACAUGGAUAACAUGGAAAAUUUUGAAUUACUUCGGCGGUCUGUCCUAGAUCGUGACAAAAGUCAGUGUCAAGUCAUUCAUGCACAACUUAUCAACGGUAUUCGAGAUAUCAUUAGAGAUUGUCCCAAAAUAGAAAUGCUUCAGAGAUUGAAAGAAGACAUGCUGGCAAAUGCACUUAUUCCUGAUGAUAAUUUGUGUUACGAAGCUAAAAAGGUUCCCGGUGACGGGAAUUGUUUGUACAACUGCGUUUCCAUCUUCAUAACAGGCGAUACGAGUCUUUCCUGGAAGAUAAGGAUUAUUGUUGCAGCCGAGUUGUUUAUACGGGCCAGUGAUUAUGCUGAUCAUCCAAUAUUUGACGAUGUUCUUGCCUGUAAAAAAAUAUUUACUGAUCACUCUGACACUCUGUUCUCGCUAAUAUUAUCUGAUGAUGGUGGUGCAAAUUUUGAUAGAACACGAAACAGGGAAGAUGCUAUUAUAUGUGAAUCGGUGAAAACUUGUGAAGAUAAUUCUUUCUGCAGCUUUUGUUACUUCAAAAUUAAAUGUCUCAUAACAUUUUGGUAACAUUUCUAGUGACUAAAAUGACGGGAAAAUAAGUAAAAAUUGGCCCUCCA